AUGUCGCGGUACCUGACACCCCACAAGAUCAGCUUUCUCGUGCUGGCUAGUCUUUACUGCGACGCUGUUGUUCCCACUGCAGCAACCAUUCCAGUCUUGUCCUUCAUUAUCUCUCACAUCAUCUCUCCUGCUCGCUCAAAUUAUCGCCAGCGCGAUUCAUCCAGCUUACCAGAUGCCGUCACCUCGAUAAGUGCUUUCGACAAUGUUACCCUUGCACACGCUUCCAGCGUCCCCGGAAAGACACUGCUAGACCUGUUCCUGAAGAAGUUGUGGGAAAUCAACUCGUUUGACGCUUUUCAUACUUUCUUUCACGAGCUUGCUGGGAUACUUUCACCGUCCCGAGAUGAUGGAGAACGCGAGCCUUCCGCACACAUGCUCUUGUCAAGAACAUCGCCUCUCGGGACUUUCGUGCGACGAGCACAGCUGGAGUUUACACGGCUCCAGUUUCAUGACGCCAUCCAGCUCUGGUCGGCGUUUCUUAAGUACAAGACGGUUUUUCCCGACUGGACGAAGAGACCCACACGCAUGGCUGGCCCCGGGAUCGAUGUCAACAUUACGGAUGUUGGGGUGCGCGCUAGAGAUAGCCUAUUCCGAGCUGUUUACAGCCAUCUGGACGAGCUGAGUGAACCAGAAGAAAUGGUCAGCGUUGAUGACAUUGAACGGAUUCUAGAGUAUCAGGUGGAUCGGAUUCAGCGCUUGGGAUGUCGACUACCGGAUGACAUGAGGUCGCAACUUCGCGGCAUGAUUGGUCCUGCAGGGACUGUAUUGAGAUCGUCUCACCGUGUGAAAUUCUUCGAUGCGUGGCGGGCAGGCGACUACACAUCUGCGCUUGAUAAUCUUCAUCGAUACUACGAUUACGCCAUGCAGACUCGUAACAAAAUACACUAUCAAUAUGCUCUACUCCAUAUGGCUAUUCUACACGCAGAGUUUGGCUGCUGGUCCGAAGCUGUUGCAGCAAUCAACGAAACUAUCUCCACGGCGAGGGAGAAUCAAGAUAUGAGCUGUUUGAACUUUAGUCUGAGCUGGCUCAAUCAUAUGAGCAAGGCUUACCCGAAGCAGAUGAAGAAGGCUGGUUACAUGGGAGUGAUCGGCUCCGAGCGAGACGGAUUAGCAUUUCUGAAGCAGAAGGCAAAGGAGACGAAAAUGUACAACCUCCUAAGCUCCACGUUAUUGGAUGAGGCCAGGCUCGGCCUCUCAAAUGGCGAGUCCAUACCUCGUGCAAUUGAGCACAUUUACCAAGCAUCCCAUCUGAACAUACGCGAAAAUAUCGUCGCAAACUACGGAGGACAAAUGCUGAUGCAGUCUGCUCUGUAUACAAGACUAGGCAUGGCCCAUGUGUCGAAGGUCUACUGCGAGCUUCUACUACAUUGUUAUCAUGUCAACUGCCCAAUGGAAGAGACUAUCAGAGCACUCUGCCGAUGUGCAUAUACCGUAUCACAGUCAGGUCGAUACGACGAGGGAAUCACCAUGCUGGAGUCUAUUGAUCCGGAGGCACACCGCACCUUGAAAUUCCAUCAGCUGAUCUUCAACUACACUGGCUUGCUCAAGCUGAAGCGAGCAAUUCGAAGCUCCAGCGGCGCCCAAGAUAUCGAGAUCUCCUUUCUCCUCUGCCUCGCCCGCAUCGACUUCCUCACACUCUGCGGCCGCUUCUCCGAUGCAUUUGCUGUGAUAGAGGACGUGGCGGCGUCUCUCAAAGAGGAGGGUGCGGACAUCUACCAACGCGUCACCAUUCUCCUCGCCAAGGCGACUCUGUUCGCAAAGGCUGGCAAGCCUGAGAAAGGGUUCAGCGUGGCGCUCAGGGCCGCUAGCACGAGCUCUCGCGCGCGAUUGAUGCCGAGUCUGUGGGAGGCCGUGGGACGUAUCGCUCACAUACUAAAUGGGAUGGGAGAGUGUCGAGCUGCGAGCCGACUGUUGAGUUCCAUACUACCACAGGCCCUCGAAUCUUCCGAUCUCAGCCUAUGCGCGGAUCUCUACUCCAUCCAAGCGGACGCAUACAUGGGACUUGCAGGACUCGAAGACGGAAGCACACCAGCCGGCCUCCGACAGCGCGCUACUAACGUCAACAGGGCGGACCUCUAUAUUGAUCGAGCUCGAGAAUACAUCUCCAUCGAGUGCGAGUCGCUUGCUAAGAAAGCCCUGAUCGCCAAACUCCGCGGCGACGAGAAGCUUGCGGGGGAGUGGGCGGAGGACUAUCUGCAGACGUACAACGCCGCACACGAGAGGAGCGGGGAUGACUAUAUAUAA